UUAUAAGAGAUUGACAGUCUUGAAUGAGCCAGCUGAAAAGUCAUUGAAUAAAAUGUCACCAUUACGCCGCUAGGAAGAUUUUAUUUGUUAGAAGAGACGGUUUGAAGCACUUAUAUCCCUAAAAAUAAAAUACUAUCACAUCAUGCUCGAGAAAGGCAUUUGUGUAUUGUUUCUUGUGCUCGCGCAAAUUGCAUUUGCACAGGAGAAAGAUGCGCAUAUCGUACAAUAUACUGAAGAAACGUUCCCUAAGGAAAUUGUUAAGAAAAAUCAUUUUGUUAUGUUCUAUGUCCCUUGGUGUGGACAUUCCAUGAGGCUUGCACCUAUUUGGGAGCAACUAGCUGAAACGUUGAAUAAAAAUGGAGACAGCCGUGUUCAGAUUGGAAAGGUUGACUGUAUUACUCACAGACCCGUAUGUUCUGAUCAGGAUAUUACUGAGUACCCUACCUUAAAGUUCUUCAAAGUUGGAGAAAGUAAAGGCACUAAGUUCCGUGGCGCACGAGACGUACCUACAUUGAUUGCAUUUAUUGAUGAGCAACUGAAUAACACUGUAACAGUCAGUAUAAUGUUCUCUAUACGUUCAUACUUAUUCAAUUUUGACAGAAUAUUAAGGCUGCUGUCUAGUUGGUUCUAAUAAGAGAAAUGUAUUGCAUGAGA